CUUGACAGUCCAAACAACCAUGUCAGAUUGAUGUUUGUUGAUUUUUCAUCUGCCUUCAACACUAUUCAGCCUCAUCUACUAAUUCAGAGACUAAGGGAUAACUUUGGUCUAGAAAGUAGUAUUGUUGGCUGGAUCUUGGACUUUCUUACAGGCAGAACGCAAAGAGUCAGAGUAAAUGGCAAAUUUUCUGAUCUAUCUGUAACAUCUACUGGUUCACCACAAGGGUGCGUUCUUUUUUUGCUUUUCCCCUGUACCUGCAAAAACGGCUGGCUGGUAGGCAAAUCACUUUUUUUUUUUAUAGAUGUGACCUGCAAAUAUUGGCCUUACCUCCAAAGAAUUGCAAACAGCUGCCCAGAGCUCUAGCACCUUCUUAACAAGAAGCCCUUUCUUUCAGUAUUCCAUGCCAAAGCCCAUGAUUUUAAGUGCGAAGUAGGUGAACUUUGCUAUGAGAUUAAUAAAAUCUGCAAAUAAAUAUCAAAACUUUCUCAGCAUUAUAUUAUUAUUUUUCAUUCCUAAUCAGGUGAAAUGGAGUGGAGCAUAUCAGGAUGGGGCUGGUUUAACACUAGGAGAGGAGGUGGAACAGUGCAAUGCUUUCCUCUCCAGGAUUGCAGUGACCACAAAACACAUGUCUAAAGCAGUCUUCUACUGCACUUGUCACAUCAUUACAGGGGGAAUAUGGUAACAUGAUAUUUUCUGUGUUUGCAGGAUGCACAGACAUGCUGACUCUCAUGGCCAUGCGCUGGAAUCAACAAAGCUCAACAACUUGGCCACCGCACUGAGCCGCCGAUAUCAGAAGACCAUGAAAGCUCUGCAAAGCCAGUUGCAAAACCUAGAGUCCAUGAAAGUCGACCUGACAGUGACAGAGAGCCAAUUGGAAGACUGGGUUAAUGAUGUAAAGGAGUGGGCAGACGCAACAACAACAACCACCACAAAUGAUGUUGAUGCUUUGGCCAGCAGAAUUGAGGUGCUGGUGGCGAGUAUCAAGAGGCAUUCCCAGCGUCUCUAUAAAGAUAUAGAUGGCAACAAAGGUCGUGCCAGGAUCCGCCGCAAGAUCAGGGAAGAGAAGGGGAUCCUGACAUCAGUUGUGGAGAAAUACAACAUAAUGGUUCCAAAAACAGAAACUCUGUGCUUGGAAACCAUUUUGUCUGGUGAGACAGCUUGGCCAUGGCAGCUACCACACAGUGACACUGUUGAUUUAAGGACAAAAAGAAAGGCAUUCGACGACAUCAUGUCACUAAGGCGACUUCAGGAGGAGCAGAAAAUUGUUGUUGCAGAGAUGAAUCAACAUUGGAAAUAUCUUUCAACUCGUGCUGAGACCCUCCGAGAACUGUCCUGCUUGUUUGCCAGUGAGAGUCUGAAAAAUUCACAAUGUGGCCUAAGUGAAGAAGGUUUGAAAGGUCUGCAGAGCAUCAUCCACAGAAAGCAAUGUAAAAUCAGAGAUAUGAGGGUACAAGCAAGAGACUGUUACCUGCAUGUUUUGUCUGGAGCAGAGAACAUCAACUUUUUAAACAAACUGUCAGCUGAUGACUAUGACAGUGAAAGUGACUUUUAAAAUUCUGAUGAUGAACUGUAAUGUAAAAACCUUUUUUUUCUUGACAGUGAACCAGUGACCUUAACCCUGAAUCUAAAGUGUGUAAUAAAAUCUGCUUUUUUGUAAUUUUA